GUGCCCCUCAUGUUUUUAUUUUUAAUGCUAACUUUUUAAUGUAAGACCAAAGGAUAUUCUUAAAGACACACAAUCAUUAAUUGAAAGAUAUUUUCUUACAGAGUAAGAUUUUAGCUUACUCAAUGUAUUUAUUGUACUGAGGUUUAUACAUAUAAUCUUGAGUCUGUGGGAUGUCUUAUCUUUUAAUAAGGGAACCACAUCUUUUUCAGCUUUGAGAAUGAGUUUUUUUUCUAAAUAUGUUGAUUAUUUCUAGAUUUGUCAGAUUGUUUACAAUUCACUAGACUCGCUCUGUGCUGCCAGCCCUGCCUCCUCCCCCAAAGUAUGUAUGAAUUACCUAAGUGGAACUUGGAGUUGUCUUUCUUACUGGGCUGUGUUUUCGGUGAAGAUAAUUCCUCUGGAGAAAUUUGAAAAUAGACCAUAUAAGUGUUUCUGUGUAGAGAGCUGACAUAAGUUUGUCAAAGGAAGACGUACAGAGUUAGUCUCACUUGGAAGUCAGAGCUCGAAGGUUAACUAGACGAUUAAUUAGUGCUCUUUUAAAUAGAAAUUCUACUACACAUUUGAGUAGAAAUUGUAAGCACCGUAAGUGAAAAUCUAUUUGUAUAAUAUUUAACCACAGCAUGUGUUCAUAAACCAAUAUUCUUUUGAAUGAACGGAAGAUGUAUUGUAGAGGCAUUAAAAUUAGGUUCCUAAGAACAGUCAAUCCAUAACCUGUAAAUCUAGGGCUGUAUGAUGACAUGAGAUGGCUUUUCAUUCAUGUAUUCGUUGUUGAUCAGGUCAGCACACUGCUCUCUUGCUUAGCCUUUGUAAAUCUGGUGUGCUCCCAGGUGGAGUUGUGGCUUACUGACAUAAGCAUGGGCUCAGGAACCACUCCCUGCUCUCAUUCUGUCCCACCACUAAUUGUGUCAACUUGGACAGGUUAUGGAGCCUCUCUGCUCCUUGGUUUCCAAGUGUAAAAUAAUGCCUACUUUGAAAGCCUGUUGAGGAUGAAAUGAGACAUAUCAAAGUGCCUAAUACACUGUUGGCUUCAUAGUAGGUACUCAGAAAAUCGUGGUGGUGGUGUUUUCCCUUUAAUGAAUUGGGGAUGACAUUUACAUACUGAUAAACUUUGAUUGCGACCUGACUCUUUAUAUGUCCAUUCUUCCUAGGUAUUGUGAAUAAGGAAAAUGCUCUUCGUUAAGCCAUAUUUGUGACUUCCGAUAAUUCACUAAUACUUUUCAAUCAAGAGAACAGCCUCCUAACUUGCCUAUCACUUUAAAGUGGUAUUUGAAGGAAUUGUGUGACACAAUUAUGACUUUUUAAUUAGGCGCCCUAAAAACCUGAUCAGGCCUAUUGCUUACUUUCUUUGAUUCAUCUGUCUUCUCUGCUGUGAUCACCUUGUUCCUCCUGACAUGGAAGGCACAAUACAACGGCAUUGGGAAUAUAUAUGUAACCAUAAUAAAGACAAGACGAAGAUCCUAGGAGACAAAAAUGUUGACCCCAAAUGUGAAGACAGCGAUAACAAGUUUGACUUCUCAGUGAUGUCCUAUAAUAUACUUUCACAAGAUUUAUUGGAAGACAAUUCACACCUCUAUAGACACUGCCGACAGCCAGUUUUACACUGGAGUUUUAGGUUUCCCAAUAUUUUGAAAGAAAUUAAACACUUUGAUGCAGAUGUACUUUGUUUGCAAGAAGUUCAAGAAGAUCAUUAUGGAGCAGAAAUCAGACCCAGUUUGGAAUCUUUGGGUUAUCACUGUGAAUACAAGAUGCGGACAGGAAGGAAACCCGACGGCUGUGCCAUUUGCUUCAAACAUUCCAAGUUUUCACUCUUAUCAGUGAACCCAGUGGAAUUCUACCGCCGUGAUGUCCCUCUGUUGGACAGAGACAACGUUGGAUUAGUGUUACUCCUGCAGCCCAAACUUCCACGUGCUGCCUCUCCUGUGAUCUGUGUAGCUAACACACAUCUCUUGUAUAAUCCAAGGCGAGGGGAUAUUAAGCUGACCCAACUGGCGAUGCUUCUGGCAGAGAUUUCCAGUGUUGCCCAUCAGAAAGACGGCAGCUUCUGCCCUAUCGUCAUGUGCGGUGACUUUAAUUCUGUUCCUGGUUCUCCACUCUAUAGUUUUAUAAAGGAAGGAAAAUUGAAUUACGAAGGACUCGCCAUCGGAAAGGUAUCUGGCCAGGAACAGUCUUCACGGGGACAAAGAAUUUUAUCUAUUCCAAUUUGGCCCCCAAACCUAGGUAUCUCACAGAACUGUGUGUAUGAGGUACAGCAGUUACCAAAAGUAGAAAAGACAGAUGGUGAUCUGACACAAACAGAGCUGGACAAAACAGAGGUCCUAGUGACAGCUGAAAAAUUAUCCUCAAAUUUACACCACCAUUUCAGCUUGUCGUCUGUUUAUUCACAUUAUUUUCCUGACACUGGAAUUCCAGAAGUGACCACUUGUCAUUCCCGAAGUGCCAUAACUGUGGAUUAUAUUUUCUAUUCUGCCGAAAAGGAAGACGUUGCUGGGCAGCCAGGAGCUGAAGUUGCUCUGGUUGGUGGCUUGAAACUUCUGGCCAGACUAUCACUCCUUACAGAACAAGACUUGUGGACUGUUAAUGGACUUCCAAAUGAAAAUAACUCUUCGGAUCAUCUGCCUUUAUUGGCUAAGUUCAGACUUGAGCUGUGACUCUUCUUUGAUGACACAUAUACUUUUGUGUCCGAUUUGUAUUCUUUUUCACAAAGUGUAAAAUAGCUCUUGAGAGUUUGCAUGUUUAUUUUUGCGCUGUGGAGUUUCGGAAGAGGUUCUGUUCAAGGCUUCAAACAGAUGUCGGAAGAAACAAGUUUACAACAAUUUUCUUUGUAAUAAUGAAAAAAUAUUUUCCUGACCAGUGAGUUCUAAAUGCUCCCUCCUUGUUGUAAAAGAGUUGUAAAUAUUUUUUAUCCUAAAUCCCAGUAAAAUUGACAGUGAUUUUUAAAUAUAGCGCAUCCUCUAGUGUUAGUAAAGAAUUUCAGUUGAUGUUUUUGGCAAGCUUUACAGUGGAUCCAAAGUAUCUCUGAGUUCUUGCAAACCACAACUCAUUUCCCUUCCAGAAGGCUUGAUUUCAUUGUGCGGACCAUCUGUUUGUCAAGUCCUAAUUCAUCUCAGAAAUCACUGGGUCGUUCACAAGUGUCCAACCAACCAUUUUAGUUUGGUUUUGAGGGGGCGUAAUGAUGCUUUCUAAAAUUGUACAAAUUGCUUAAUCCAGCUUAUUACUAUCCUGAGCCAUGUAAUGUGUCUACAUUUUGUUGGGAAAUGUAGUAGGAGAGGAGUUUUACACAUGCCCUCUCUUUUCCAUCCUGUGGGACAGACCAUUCCAGCAUGCCGGAAAGAGGCAGAGACUGGGUUUUAACGCUUUCAUUUCCCUAGCAGUUUUUUUUUUCCUUUUUUCUAUUCCAUUUCAGGAAGACAUCCCUAGGUUGGGGGAGAGACUUUAUUUUUCUGAACCAGUUCUAUAGAAAUUUAUUUUAUUAGGAAGCUUGUCUUUAGAACAAAAUGUCAGCUAUAAGAUUAUUUUGGUUUUGCCUCAGAUACUUAGGAAGCCCGCAAAACUAGUGGGGAGAUACCAACUUGGAGACCUAAUACUGGCAAGUAGUAAUUUAAGCUUAGUCAUUUUGUUUCUAAGAUGUUAGCUACUUUUUCUUUUAUCAUGAGGCCACAGUGUGCAUGGUGCUGACAUUUUUUUUGGUAAAGUGGUUAAGAGCAGGUCUAAUUAGUCUCACAGCUGGCACUAUGUGAAUGUUUGAAUCAAAAAUUUUAAAACCGAAGAAGUGAAAAUGUCCCCUUUUUUGAGGCAUUAGGAUCAAAGAGUUAUGUGCAUUUUUACUAAGUAGUAAUUUUAUAUUUGAAUUACACCGAAUUAUAAAAGUUUCUACAAUGGGCAUUCUUCAUAGAAUGACUCCUGUGAAAUUAGAAAGCAGUAGUUCCUCCAAGUCCUGGACUUCAAAGGUUUUUGUACGAAAGUAUAUUGACUACAGUUAUUUUUUAAGAAAAUAAAUCAGAUGACUACCUGAACAAAGCAUGUGGGUUAUAAGGAUUUGCCUAGUAAAAAUUGUAAUAAGCAAUUAUUUUUAAAUGUUUCAUUUCUCACUUUUUUGGGUUUUUACUUACAGUAUUACCUGUAGUUCUAAGAUUUUCCACAUUUUCUAGUAACAGUUUGCAGAAUAUUCAGUGUUCUAAUUAGCAGAUAUUGUUGCCGUCAAAUAAUAAUAGUGUAACUAAAUCCCUUUUAAUAUUGGGGAAAGAAAAAAGAAAAUUCAUUAAGUACUGCUUUGUGUUACAUGAGUUUAUUAACAAAUAAUUUUAUGUAUAGGUCAUUGUUGGCAAACUAACAUCCCUGAAAACCUCUGUGAAAACUUAAUGUUUUAUAUCCUGAUUAAUAUAUUGACUUUAGGCCCUUUUCAUGUGCUUCACUUUGUAGAGUUAAUCCAUAAAAAUGCUUUCUACUUUAA